CUCCCCGCCCACUAGGAUCUGACACCCCGCGCAGCCCCGACACCUCUAUUCCCGCCACUCCCACCUGUCUCUCCUCGCUCCUGGGCAGCGGUGCCCACAACUGGGGCCUCUCCGGCUUCCAGAGUUUGGCCAACACCACAGUACUUUUGAGAGUGUUCAGGCCUGCAAAGAUCAUCGUGACGGACAUUCCAGAUCUUGUUUUUAUGAAAUUCACUGACAAGAUAAAAUAUUUCAAAAUUCAUUAUCCUUAAGGUGAGAUGGUGGGGCCUUUUAAUCAUAUCUUAAUUUUGUUGUAUUAGAUCAUAUUGCCGCUUAAGUUACUUCCUUUUCUCUUUCUCCCACCCGCUUUAAAAGUAGGUUUGGAAAGCAGAACUUAUAGAAAAAUGAUAUUCAGAUGCUGUCAGGCAUACUCAGAUGCUAGGGGGAAACUGGGUCAGGUGUGGGUCCUCUUGCUUCUGGGGUCUGAUUGCUCCUGAUGACAGGAAUGUGGCCCAGAGCUGUCUCCUCCCUGUUGGGGUUGAUAAUACUGAUGUGAUAAGUAAUGUUCUUAUUUGGUUCAAUAGUAUCUAACAGUAGAAUAAAAAUAUUUUCAGAUGUACAAUAAAUAAAAAUUUACGUAUUCUGUCUUAGAAAACUAUUGCUCCAUCAAAAGAAAGGAAUGAACCACCAAGCAGAAAAAACACUGGGGUUUAAAACAAAGGACAUUGGCAAAGGGCUGUCUUAGGUGAGACAGGGAUGCUGCAUGCUAAAGAAAAGUGGGUUCAGAAAGGAAUAGAGUCAGAAAUGGGAGUCAUCAAGAGCCGUGGACGCAACACAUUGGAAUUAUGAAAGAGACAGUAGGGCAAGUGCAGCCCAGCAGACAGUCUCUGAAUGCAAGAAUGUUUAGAAAAGAAAGGUUCACUGUCAUGGAUGCUCUAUCAGAAGCAAAUGGGACCUUUGCAUUAAACCUUUUGAAAAAGCUAGGGGAAAACAACUCGAACAACAUAUUUUUUUCACCCAUGAGCAUAUCAUCAGCCUUGGCCAUGGUCUUCAUGGGGGCAAAGGGAAACACCGCAGCUCAGAUGUCUCAGGCACUCUUUUUUAGUAAAAUUGGAAGUGAAGAUGGAGAUAUUCACCAAGGUUUUCAGUCACUUCUUGCUGAAAUUAACAGAACUGACACUCAGUAUUUGCUUAGAACUGCUAACAGGCUCUUUGGAGAAAAGUCUUAUGACUUCCACACAUCUUUUACAGAUUCCUGUGGCAAAUUCUACCAGGCAAAGGUAAAACAGCUUGAUUUUCUCAAUGAUACAGAGACAUCCAGAACACACAUAAACACCUGGAUUGCUGAAAAAACUGAAGGUAAAAUUACAGAGAUGCUCUCUCCAGACUCAGUUGAUUCAUUGACUAAACUGAUUCUUGUGAAUGCCAUCUACUUCAAAGGAAACUGGGAGAGUCAGUUUGAGAAACACAGGACCAGGAAAAUGUCUUUUAAAAUUAGCAAGAACAAAGAAAAACCUGUGCAAAUGAUGUCUAAGGAAUCUGCUUUUAAAACCACCUAUGUAAGGAAAAUAUCCAGCCAAAUUCUAGUGCUUCCCUAUGUUGGACAGGAGCUGAAUAUGAUCAUCAUACUUCCCAGUGAAAACACUGAUUUGAAAAUGGUUGAGAAAAAACUUUCUUAUGAGAGAUUCAUAGAAUGGACAAAGCCAGACAAGAUGCAAGCACGAGAGAUGGAAGUUUUUUUUCCUAGAUUUAAACUGGAGGAAUCUUACAACGUGGCGGAUGUCCUUCGCAGUAUGGGCAUGGUCGAUGCCUUUGAACAGGACAGGGCGGACUUCUCAGGAAUGUCAUCUAAGAAGGAUCUGUACUUGUCCAAGGUCAUGCACAAGUCCUUUGUGGAGGUCAAUGAGGAAGGUACAGAAGCAGCAGCAGCUACAGAAGACGAAAUAGUUUACUGUUGUGCCAGCUACACCCUCAGGUUCUGUGCAGACCAUCCCUUCCUCUUCUUUAUCCAGCACAUCAAAACCAAUAGUAUUCUCUUCUGUGGCCGAUUUUCCUCUCCAUAGGUAGUCAUUGGAUAUAGCCCUUCUCUUUUCUCUUAGUGAUCUGCACUUCCUCUACUCUUUAAAGUGUGCCUGUGACCCAAAGUGACUUUAUUAUUGCAGCAGUCAAAAAUGAGAUAUUAGGAACCUAAUUUUGAAAUUCCUCGUUGAGAACUCUUGUGUGUGUGUUUGCAUGUUAAAUGUUUUCUAGGGCCUUUAUUUGAUAGUCUCUGAGGAUUUCGUGGUCACUUUGCAGGUGGUAUCUAUGACCACUUGGUCAAACCCCUCUGUUUGAAAUGAGGUAUUACCCCCUCUCCAUUCCCCCACCAACACAUUCCAACUGUCAGAGGUAUUUGCUGUCUCCUCAUUUUGUGUAUGGUGACACCCUCACAGUCUGCUAUGCUUCUGUUUUCUCAAGUACAAGAAGAUACGUGUUGUUUUCUGUCUUCUCUGUUCAAUAGUAUUGACAUAUAUGGACCCAUUUUUAACGAAACAAUAGAAAGCGAAAUGGAGAGUGUGGAGGAAGCACAGUGAGCAGGACUCAGGAUGAUCAGAAGCAGUCCAGCACGGUGGCUCACACCUGCAGCCAGCACUUUGGGAGGCUGAGGUGGGUGGAUCACUU